AUGCUUCACCACCAAGCGGCACACCUUCGAGGCCCCUCCCCUCAGUCCGCGUCUCAGGAGUCGUCUCCCCCAUUCGACGGGUUGAAGCCAACAAGCACCAGAUCUUCCCCCAGCGAAAGAGAGACACAAACUACUGCUCGCGCCUCCUCCCUCCCCGCCGCAUCAGGUGUCGAGGCUUUUGCUCCCUCUGAAGCCUCAGAAGCAGCUGCCCAGCAGCGGCACCAACAACAGCGUUACCACCGCCAACAACAGCAGCGAAGAAAGCCUCGGCACCAGCAGCAGCAGCAGGAUGAAGAGCCGCAGCAGCAGGAUGAAGAGCCGCAGCAGCAGGAUGAAGAGCAGCAGCAGCAGCAGCAGGCACUAUCGACGGCUUCCCAGACAAAGUCAACACGGCAAAGGCAGCAACAGCAGCGCCGCCCACAGCGUGGCAGCAGCCGCUUAGCAGCAGCAGCAGCAGCAGCUGCUGCUGCUGCUGCUGCAUCUGAGAAGGGCGAAACGGCUUCCACGGCUACUGCCAAAAGCUCUAGGAGUCGCACAGGAGCACUGACUGUGCCCUUCGCGGCAGGGGAUAGCGACACAGAUGAUGAAGAUGAUGCGGAAGUUUAUGACACAAGUGACGAAACAGCGGAAGGCUGCACGAAAGGAUUUCAGCAGAAAUCGAAAUACGAAGCUUUCAGGCUGCCGCUGAUGUUAGACUUCGCUGCUGCUGCUGCUGCAGCCUAUGGGGCUGAAAACAUUCGCGAAAAAAGACCUCCCGCGGUGUUGCUACAGCAGGAGUUCUUUGAUUCGUCGCGGCCUCUAACGAAGCAGCAAGAAAAGCAGCUGGCGCUGCUGCAAGAAGAAGCUGCUGCAGAAAGGCGAAAUGCCGAAGACGGCUUUACCCAAAAACAACAGCGACCAGACUUAGAGGGCGACACUGUCCCCCGAGGUGUAGAGACACCCGGAGAACCGUCGCGCGACAAAUUUGCUGCUGGCGGUCUGUGGCGGCCAAGCCGUCUGGAUAUGGUCCUUCACGACUUAGAGAGGCGUCUUGAAUGCCAGCGCUUGCUGGCAAAUCCUCGGGAUAUCCUUCGCUGCGGGGGAGGCGAUAAGGGCGACUAUUACGACAAGGAUGACGCCUUUAUUGACGAUACGGAAAUGACUGUCUGUCGCGCUCUCUGUGAUUGCUGCUACCAUGCGCAGUUUGGCGAAUUCGGCUUGGAUCCAAAUUCAGAUUUCGCCUCCAGCUCUUCCGAAGACGGGGACGAGGAGGAGGGACGCUCCAAGGAGAGCCUCGAUAGAGGGGCCUUUGUCUGCAGAAGGGAGAUUCUGCCAGCUGAGGCAUCAGACUCUGACGGAGGGGUGUCUGGCGAGGAUGACGAAGAAGACGAAGCACUCAUAGAUCCUCGAGGCUGGAGAGCUUUCAGGCCGCGUCUGCGAGUGAUGCUGGAGCAGCAGCAGCUCUCGCAUCUAGAGGAGCUUGAAGCAACGCUGCAAAAAAUUCCAGGAGCCGAGGCUGUUGCGGAGCUGGAGUCGAUAGCAGGCCGCUAUAUACGCCGAGCUUGCGCGGCUGGCCUCCCAAGCCGUCGUGAAGACUUAGCCAUCGUGGACUUGAGUUGGCCUCUGGUGAAAUGUCUUGGCUCUGCAAUGCACAGGGUUCAUGCGGCCUUAGGUGCUGAGCUUAUCCAUGUAAGUCCUCCUUUUCUCUUAAUCAGGCCCCCUUGUAGUGCAAAUAAAAG